UGAGUGAAGAUGGAGCAAGAGGGGCUGCAGGAGGAGGAGCGCGAGGUGCUCCAGUCCAUCUACGAGGGCGACGAAUGCUUCAAGCAACUGGACGCCCGCACGUUCCAGUACAAGUACGGCGCCAGCGACCCCAUUAAAACCCUGCUGGUGGAGCUGAAAUGGGGGCCCAACUACCCGGAGGAGCGCCCCCAGGUGAACCUGGACGUGUUCUACAACAGACACCUGCUGGCGGGGCUGAAGGCCAAAGUGCAGCAGCUGGUGGAGACGGAGGCCGAGCAGUACCUGGGCAUGUCCAUGACGUACUCGCUGUUCGAGUUUGUGAAGGAGCGCUUUGAGGAGCUGAUCGAGGAGCAGCCCGAGCACGCGCUGGAGCUGGAGGUGGACAAGCUGAGCGUGGACGAGCAGGAGAGCUUGGGGGCGAAGCGCGAGAAGAAGGAGCAGCUGACCAAGGCGCAAAAGCGGCGGCAGUGGAACAGGCUGGACGCCAAGGGCGAGAAGCCCAGAGGGUGGGACUGGGUGGACAUAGUCAAGCACCUGUCGCAGACCGGCAGCAAAGAGGACGGCAAUCCGGGAACGUAGCUUAUUGGCAGGAAUAAAUUUAUUUAAUGUA